AUGUCACUUAAAUCAGUGUUUCUUAUCAUUAAACUUUUACCUUCUGCCUCUCAAACCAAAACUCUUUCUUAUCUUUUAUCACAAACAAACAAACAAACAAAGAAAAAGGAAACAUUAAUAACUGCUUUUUCUUAUUCAGGGGUCACAGUCCAAGCCCUUUCCACAGUCCCUGUGAUGUUCAGCUACUGGGCCAAACCUCAGGAUACUUUAGACCUAGCCCAGAUAUUAAACAAUGACUUGGCUGCUACAGUAAAGAAGUACCCCAAGAGGUUUGUGGGUCUGGGCACGUUACCCCUGCAAGCUCCAGACCUGGCUGUGAAGGAAAUGCAUCGCUGUGUGAAGGAACUGGGAUUUCCUGGAGUGCAAAUAGGAUCUCAUGUCAAUGAGUGGGACCUGAAUGCCCCAGAGCUGUACGAUGUUUAUGCUGUGAGUAACCAUUUCUUUCCUUCUUUGGGGGGAAUUCUAUUUCUUCUUGCAGGUGGAGCUUUUCCAUACACAGUGGGGAGAAUCUCCCAUGGAUUCAACGUGCGCCCUGACUUGUGUGCGAUGGAUAACAAGGUGGAUCCAAAGAAAUACCUUGGCUCAUUUUACACAGACUCUCUUGUCCAUGACCCUGGUGCACUAAGGCUGUUAACAAGUGUCAUAGGAGAGGUGAGUUUUAAUGCUUCCAGAAGAGGGUGAAUCAUUAUUUAAUUCUCUAUGAAACAGCAAAAGAAGAGAAGAAGAAAACAGGAAGAAGACAACAACUUCACCCAGUGAAAUACACUGAUGGGUUUCUGCCAUGGUGAUAAUAUUUUUACUGUAUAGAGUUAUUGAAAUUGUGGUUUUAAUCCCAGCGAUCA